CCGGCUGGGCGCAUUUUGCUUGAGUGUAGUCCGGGAGCCUUCUCUUCAGAGAGUCGUUUUCUUCUCUCCGCUCUCCCGGGACAGCUCCGAACAACGGGAAGGACCGUUUCAGGGAUGCUGUCCCCAGGUUUCCAAGCUGCCGCUCCCUAAGACCGAGGCAGGCUGCAUGGUGAGGAAGAAACCCGAUCCGACCUGAGCGAGACCUCUCCGCAGAGCCCGAGGAGGAGCGAAGGAAAGCGGCGUCCCGCCGCCUGGGACUUAGUGCUACUUCGCACGGAGGAGUCUGGACUGAGUGAGGAGCAGGGUCUUCGGAACAUGGAGGAGGUGGUGAUCGUGGAAUCAGAUUUGGUUCAGAUGCCUGAGAAAAGAGCUCUUACAUCUCAAAAUUCCUCCCGAGAGAAAAACAUGGAAGAGGGAGAAGAGGCAGCUUUGCAUCUCAUAGCCAGAUCCCAGGAAACAAUGACAUUCAAGGAUGUGGCCAUGGACUUUACACCAGAGGAGUGGGGGAAGCUGGAUCCUGUGCAAAGGGAUGUGAUGCUGGAGAACUAUAGGAACCUAGUCUCUCUUUGGCUUCCAGUUUCCAAACCUGAGAACUACAAUUUGGACAAUGGAAAGGAACCAUUGAAGUGUGAGAGAAAAGCCCCUAAACUCAGGUACUCAGACAUAGAGAUUAUACCGGAGCACAAAGAUUCAACUUCAGUGCACGAUUUUUCCAAAGAUGAAUCAUGUCAGGAUGUCAUAAUGGAAAGGCUAACAAGAAAUAGAAUGUAUGACUCCACCUUAGAAAAAACUCUUGACCGUGAAAAUUGGUUAGACAGCCAUCAAGUAACUCAGGAGAGACCCUUGAGAGAAGUGUUCACCCACAUGAACUCACUUGCUGAGGCAAGAAAUCAUGAGCAUGAUACAUAUUGGAAAAACUUCAGUCAAAAGUCUGUCCUUAUCACUCAAGACAGAGUUCCCAGAGGAUCCUAUGCAUUUCAUACACUGGGUAAAAGACUGAAGCAAAGGUCAAGCUUAAUGAAAAAGCAGAGAACCUAUAAAGAGAAAAAACCUCAUAAAUGUAAUGAUUGUGGUGAACUCUUCACUUACCAUUCAGUGCUUAUUCGACACCAGAGAGUCCAUACUGGAGAGAAACCCUAUACCUGCAAUGAAUGUGGAAAAUGUUUUAGCCACAGAGCUAAUUUAACUAAACACCAGAGAACUCAUAAUAGAGUUCUAUUUGAGUGUAGUGAAUGCAAGAAAACCUUUACAGAAAGCUCAUCCCUUGCAGUACAUCAGAGAAUUCACAUUGGAGAAAGACCUUAUGAAUGCAGUGAAUGUGGGAAAGGUUUUAAUCGAAGUACACAUCUUGUGCAGCAUCAGUUGAUUCAUACUGGAGUAAAGCCUUAUGAGUGUAAUGAAUGUGAUAAAGCUUUCAUUCAUUCAUCAGCACUUAUUAAACAUCAAAGAACUCAUACUGGAGAGAAACCUUAUAAAUGUCUAGAAUGUGGGAAAGCUUUUAGUCAUUGUUCAUCCCUUACUAAGCAUCAGAGAGUUCAUACUGGAGAAAAGCCAUAUGAGUGUAGUGAGUGUGGGAAAACUUUUAGUCAGAGCACACACCUUGUUCAGCAUCAGAGAAUUCAUACUGGUGAAAAGCCCUAUGAGUGCAGUGAAUGUGGGAAAACUUUUAGCCGGAGUUCAAAUUUUGCUAAACAUCAAAGAAUUCAUAUUGGAAAGAAACCAUACAAAUGCAAUGAAUGUGAAAAAGCCUUCAUUCAUUCAUCAGCUCUUAUUCAGCACCAGAGAACUCAUACUGGAGAGAAACCUUUUAGAUGUAAUGAUUGUGGGAAAACCUUCAUUGCUUCUUCAUCACUUAUGGUACAUCAGAGAAUUCAUACUAAGGAAAAACCUUAUCAAUGCAAUAUCUGUGGAAAAGCCUUUAGUCAGUGUGCCCACCUUAAUCAACACCAACAAAUUCAAACUGGAGAAAAACCCUAUAAAUGUAGUAAAUGUGGGAAAGCUUUUAGUGAUAAAUCAAAACUUGCAAGACAUCAAGAAACUCACAAUGAUGAGAAACCUUACAAAUGUAACGACUGUGGAAAAGCCGUUAGGAGUAAGUCAUAUCUUAGUGUACAUCAGAAGACCCAUACUGAAGAGAAACCAUACAAAUGCAAUGAAUGUGGGAAAUCUUUCAAGAAUACCACAAUUUUUAAUGUUCACCAGAGAAUUCAUACUGGAGAAAAACCCUUUAGAUGUAAUGAAUGUGGGAAGGCCUAUAAAAGUAAUUCAAGCCUUAUUAUACAUAUCAGAACUCAUACAGGAGAAAAACCGUAUGAAUGUAAUGAAUGUGGGAAAGCAUUCAACUGCAUAGCAAACUUCACAGAACAUCAGAGAAUUCAUACAGGAGAGAAACCUUAUAAAUGUAAUGAAUGUGGAAAAGCAUUUAUUAAUUAUUCAUGCCUUACUGUACACCACAGAGUGCAUACAGGAGAAAAACCCUUUAAAUGUAAUGAAUGUGGAAAAGCUUUUAUGCGUUCUUCAUCUCUAAUCAUACAUCAGCGUAUUCAUACUGAAGAGAAACCUUAUUUAUGUAAUGAAUGUGGAGAAUCCUUCAGAAUAAAAUCGCACUUAACUGUACAUCAGAGGAUCCAUACUGGGGAAAAACCUUAUAAGUGCACUGAUUGUGAGAAAGCAUUCACUAAAAUGGUAAAUCUCAAGGAGCAUCAGAAAAUUCAUACUGGAGUGAAACCCUAUAUAUGUUACAAUUGUGGGAAGUCCUUUAGGACUAAGUCAUACCUUAUUGUGCAUCAGCAGACACAUACUGGGGAAAAACCAUAUAAAUGUAAUGAAUGUGAGAAAGCUUUCACUAAUACAUCACAGCUCACUGUACAUCAAAGAAGGCACACGGGAGAGAAACCCUACAAGUGUAAUGAGUGUGGGAAGGUUUUUACAAGUAACUCUGGCUUCAAUACUCAUCAGCGAACACAUACUGGAGAGAAGCCAUACAAAUGUAAUGAGUGUGGGAAAGCAUUUAGCCAGAUGGUGCAUGUCACAGAACAUCAGAAAAUUCAUAGUGGAGAAAAGCCCUAUAAAUGUGAUGUCUGUGGGAAAACCUUCAGGAGGGGUUCAUACCUCACUGUACAUUGGAGAACACAUACUGGGGAAAAGCCCUAUACCUGUAAGGAAUGUGGAAAAAGUUGUAUUACACUUUCACAGCUAACUCUACAUCAGAGAAUCCAUACUGGAGAGAGGCCCUACAAAUGUGAAAAAUGUGGAAAAGCCUUCAGAACUAACUCAGACUUCAUUGUACACCUGAGAAUGCAUACUGGAGAAAAACCCUACAAAUGUAAUGCAUGUGGAAAAGCCUUCAGGAGAGGAUCACUAAGAGUCCAACACCAAAGUAGCCAUGCCAAAGAAAAAUCUUAUGAAUGUGAAGAAUGUGGGAAAGCAUUUAGGCAUAUUUCAUCCCUCAUUGCACAUCAGAGAAUGCAUACUGGAGAAAAACCAUAUGAAUGCCACCAAUGUGGUAAAGCCUUCAGCCAACGUGCACACCUUACUAUACAUCAGAGAAUUCAUACUGGAGAAAAACCUUAUAAAUGUAAUGAUUGUGGAAAAGACUUUAGUCAGCGAGCACACCUUACUAUACAUCAGAGAAUUCAUACUGGAGAAAAACCUUAUAAAUGUAAUGAUUGUGGAAAAGACUUUAGUCAGCGAGCACACCUUACUAUACAUCAGAGAAUUCAUACUGGAGAAAAACCUUAUAUAUGCAAUGAAUGUGGGAAAACAUUUAGUCAGAGUACACACCUUCUUCAGCAUCAAAAAAUACAUACUGGAAAGAAACCAUAUAAAUGCAAUGAGUGUUGGAAAGUGUUUAGUCAGAGCACGUAUCUUAUUCGACAUCAGAGAAUUCAUUCUGGAGAAAAGUGUUACAAAUGUAAUGAGUGUGGAAAGGCCUUUGCUCAUUCUUCCACUCUUAUUCAACAUCAGACUACUCACACUGGAGAGAAAUCCUACAUAUGUAAUAUAUGUGGGAAAGCCUUCAGCCAGAGUGCAAACCUUACUCAGCAUCAUAGAACACAUACUGGAGAAAAACCAUAUAAAUGUAAUGUGUGUGGGAAAGCAUUCAGCCAGAGUGCAAAUCUUACUCAACAUCAAAGGAUUCAUACUGGAGAGAAACCCUAUAAAUGCAAUGAAUGUGGGAAAGCUUUUAUUUAUUCCUCAUCACUUAAUCAACAUCAGAGAACUCAUACAGGAGAGAGACCAUAUAAAUGUAAUGAAUGUGACAAAGAUUUUAGCCAGAGAACAUGCCUUAUUCAGCACCAGAGAAUUCACACAGGAGAGAAACCCUAUGCAUGUCGAAUAUGUGGAAAAUCCUUCACUCAAAGUACAAAUCUUAUUCAGCAUCAGAGAGUUCAUACAGGUGUCAGACAUCGUAAUUAGUGGAUGGAUAUUGGAGACUUGGUUUAGGUUUUUCAAUUUGGUCACUUAAAUUUUAUUUUGUAUGCUCUGUGUGUUAAAACAUUAUUCAGAAGAUAUCCUAAGAAGUGCAAUAUAUAUUACAUAUCACUCAGCAGAAGUAUCAGAAUUAAUGAUAUGGAUAUAGUUGUUAAAAUAAUGUGAAAUGUAAAAAGAAAACUUCGUGGACUUCUUAAAUCUUUAUUUGAUAUCAGUUUAAUUCAUUCUAGAAAGAAACCCUGGGAAAUGAUACUCAAAAAAUUAACUCUUCAACUCUCAAGGUAUUUCAAGUACUUUUUUAGAGGCCUUAUGAAUGUAAUGUGGGACAGUGUCCCACAAAUAGAGAUUUCACACUAGACAGUAAUCCUGGGAUUAUACAAAAGAAAAAACUAUUUUCAGGCCUUUCUUUCUUCACAGCUUUGCAGCCUUAAAGGUUUCCCUUUCACCCUCUUGUAUGCCAUUACUGCCAUAUGAAACCAGUAGUAGGUUUGAGAAAAAAAGUUGAAAGUAUAUUAAAGAUUUCUGUGACCAUUGUUUAACUAUACUUUCCCUCAAAUACUGAAAUAUUAAAAUAAGUUUAAUGAAAGAUGAUGCUGAGACAGAGAAACUAGUGUAUAUAACCCUUAGGCAUGUGUACAGACUUAAGGAGGCAAAAUUCAAACAUAAAUUAAUAUUUGAAAUAGGUAAGCCUUAGUUUCACUAGGUCUUGACUUUCAAAAUCAUCCUGAAGGAAAGAAGCUUACAGUUCCUAUUUUUUCCACCAGAUAUCUAAAUUCAUAACUUAAAGUUCUUUGUGUCUCUUAACUGCAAGAAAUUCACUUCUUCCACUGAAACACAUUUCUUGAAUGCCUACUGUGCUUUCAGAUCCCAGAUUUCCUGAUUGAAUCCUUUCAACGCUUGUUACAAUGCUGAAAAUUGCAACUGAUUUAAGUAAAAGAAAGGUUGAUUUUUUAAUAGUGCAGAAGUAAAAACAUGAUUUUAAGUGUUUUGCUAUGAAAUAAGCAUAAACUUGAUAAGAUGGGUGCCACAUAUAACCCUGUAACCUAAGUCAGGAAGUAAUGAAGGCAGCUAUCUAAAUAAUGUGAGAGAGUAAGAAAUGGCAAAUGGAUUUGAGUUCACUGUAGAGAGUUGGCCAGGGAAAAAUCAAAGAGAAAAGCAAGUGAAGAAAGGGAUAAAACAGUGGAUAAAUACAACUGGACUUAGUAUACGGAAGAAAGUAAGAGUGAUAAAUGUAAAAUUUAGCCUAAUUAUAAGAAAAAGUGAAAUGAUUGAUUUUAAAGGAAUAAUUAGAAACCUGGUACUCCAUAUAUGAAAGUAAAAUAGAGGUGACUCAAUGUGUCAGAAAAAAACUUUUCUAUUGGAAAAAGCAUUGUACAGAAACUGUCGCUGAUAGAGUAAUUGUUAAAAUUUGUGGGUCCUAAACUAUAUAAAUGGAAAACUGGCAGAAAUAGGUUUAAAAAUGCUGUUGUAUCUAAUAUUCAUAGUUUUUCACUCUCAGAAUAUAAGACUACAAUUCCAUUUUGCUCA